UGUUUGGGCGGGGUCGGUUUUGGGUUCACCGACCUCCUCCUUUCAAUAAUCUCAAUUCUCACCCACCCCACCCACCAAAGUUGCUUCAUUUUCCUUACAUCGGUAAAAGAAUUCGCCGCCGCCGUUGCACGGUGGCUGAACUUCACCGGUGAAAUCCCGACUGCAAAUCUUUUCAUCUUCUUGCUAAUUCCAUCUGAUCUGAAAUCCGAAGGAAAAACGGAUUGAAUUUGAAUAGCAUGUCCGCCUUCAAUUUGUCGUCGGCGAUAAACCCUAAACCCUAUGGGAGCCAUUUUAGCCCGAUCUCCUUCCAUUCGCAGCUCAAUUCGUUUCCAAAACGCUUCGUUUCAACGUCGCAUCGCUAUUCCGAUUCAUCGAAACCCCGGUCGAUUCGGAGCGGCCUUCGGGAGCUUCGCGAGAGGAUCGAGACGGUGAAGAACACCCAGAAAGUCACGGAGGCGAUGAAAUUAGUCGCCGCCGCGAAGGUGCGGCGAGCUCAGGAGGCAGUUAUCAAUGGUCGCCCCUUCGCCGAAACCCUAGCCGAAGUAUUGUACGACAUCAACGAGCAGUGUCGACUGGAGGAUGUAGAAAUUCCGUUGACGGAGAUCCGGCCGGUGAGACGAGUCGCGCUCGUAGUCAUCGCCGGCGACAGAGGCCUCUGCGGCGGUUUCAACUCCGCUGUACUGAAGAAAGCAGAAUCUCGAAUUGCAGAGCUGAGGAAUCUUCAACUACAGUGUGGAGUGAUCAGCAUUGGUAAAAAGGGGAAUGCAUAUUUCCAGAGACGAUCAGAUUCAAUCACCGUCGAAAGCUUCAUCGAAGGGGAGAGUUUUCCGACGGCCAAAGAAGCUCAAGUCAUCGCCGACGAGGUGUUUUCACUGUUCUUAUCAGCUGAGGUCGACAAAGUCGAGCUUCUAUACACAAAAUUCGUAUCUCUGAUCAAAUCUGAACCAGUAAUUCAGACAUUGCUGCCAUUGGGGACAGUUUGUGAUGUGAAUGGAAGGAGCAUUGAUUAUGGCGGCAACGAACUUUUCCGAUUGACAACGAAGGAAGGGAAGCUGGCAGUCGAGAGAGAUCGUGUAAGAACGCCGGAAGCUUCAAAUUUCAUAGCUAAUUAUGAGUUCGAGCAGGAUCCUGCACAGAUUCUCGAUGCAUUGAUGCCAUUAUAUUUAAACAGCCAGAUUUUGAGGGCUUUGCAGGAAUCGUACGCCAGCGAGCUUGCGGCGAGGAUGAAUGCAAUGAGCAAUGCGACUGAUAACGCUGUGGAGCUGAACCGUUCGCUUUCGAUUGCUUAUAAUCGCGAAAGGCAGGCGAAGAUUACAGGUGAGUUAUUAGAGAUUGUUGCAGGGGCAGAGGCGCUUAGAUAGAUAUGUUAGAACAGAUCAGAUAGAUCAUUUUGGUUAUGGUUGGGGAGUCUUUUUCUUCACAUUAUUUGAAGGAAUGGAUUGUUUCGAUGAGAAUGAGAAUGGAAGAAUCGAGGGAUUACAUCAAAGGUAAGAUUGAGUUUAGUUUGAAUUUGAAGGCUAGAACUAUAUAUUCGUGCAAACAUGAUCCUAUAUUAUCCCUUAGAUGGUUAGAUUUCGUCUUGUUCUUGUUCAUUGAAGCUAUUGGCUUUGUGGAUAGUUAUUUCUUGUUGCUAUCUUUCAUGGAUGCAAUGAAUUGAUUGAAUGGAGGGGGCUAAUUUUUCAA